GAAGUGAAUCGUAAGAAAUGAAAACAACAAGAUUCACGACACUUGUCUCUAUUUCGUAGCGAAUUUCACGGCCCUUCUCAUCAUUUUGAGUGUUAAAUUAGAAAAAUAUGGAUAUGUUGAGUAGCUGGUGGGGCGGAAAGCCAGAUAACAAAAUAUCGGAAAACAAAGUCAGUAAACAAGAUGAUGGAGGAGGUGAAACUGGACCCAAAGUCAAAGACCGAAACGAGGACGAUACUCCAGCUUUGGAAGAAACGGCUCCUCGUAUUGCAACGCCAGCAGAUACGGGGGACCAAGGGCAAGGUUCCGCUAUCGAGCCAGAGGAGCACCCGAGUGGCGAUGACAACAACGACAAAGAAUCGGUCGACACGAAAGCGAAUGACGGAACAAAAACUGAAGACAAAGGAACACCUGCACUUGGUGGCUUGACCAAAAUGACAAAAGAAGAAGCAGCUGAGGCUGCAGAGGCAGCAUUGAAUUCUGCAUAUAGUUUUGGCAGCUUUUUAUUCAAGAAGGUUUCUGAUACUGCAUCUAAGACAGCUAACAUGAUCCAGAAGACAGUUGAAGAACAGACGAUAGUAGGAGAGUUUACAAGGGAACAGCAGAAGUUUGUAAAGGAGAAGCAUUCCAAGAGAUCGGAGGCAGCUGUACCUCCAUGGGUUGGGUACAAUGAAGAAGAACAGAUGAAAGAACAGAUCCUUGCUUUAUCACAGGACAAGAGGAAUUUCAUGAGGAAUCCUCCGGCUGGCGUCCAGUUCCAUUUUGACUACAAUACCAUCCAUCCUAUCGCCAUGGCAACCCUACAAGAGGAUCCUAAUCUCCAAAAGAUGAGAUUUGCUCUGGUUCCAAAGAAGAUAACAGAAGAGAACUUCUGGAGGAAUUACUUCUACCGUGUUUCCCUUAUCAAGCAGUCUUCACAACUAACAUCAUUAGCAUCAAAAUCAGGUGAUGAAAGGAGAAGAAGUAACGGGACCGGUUCUGCUUCACAUUCAUCAGAUGAAGGUUCAUCGCUAAAAGGUGACAAGACUCCUCCUAUUGAUGUGAAGGGCGCCCCCAGUGCUCCUGCCAAACCCACCAAGUCCGAAGAAGAUCAGCUGGAUAUGGAAACGCCUGACAGUCCACCAGGGUCAGAGUUCAUCAGCGAUGCUUUCAACUCUGAAUUGGAUGAAGAUGAUCUGAUGAAGGGCAUGGAACAGCUAGGAAUGGACAAAAAGGGUGAAGAAGGAGGUGAAGAGGACGUGCCGGAAUGGGAAAAAGAACUUCAGCAAGAGCUUCAGGAUUAUGAGGUCGUUGGGGAGGAGCAGAACGAGGAGUGGGAGAGAGAGAUCAAUCAGAUGCUGGAAGAUGAAGUGGACAAACAAUCGUAAUAAUGGCUGG